GCCGAAAUACUCUCCCCUAUCGUCGCCGCCGGCUGUUCAGCAGCAGCAGGGGUUCAUUGGGGGCGUGAUGUGGCCGCUGCUCGUGCGUCGUGUCAAGUUGUCCUCCCGGCUCAUAAUUGCUAGGAGAAUGGGGUCUUUCCUGAUCGACGAGUCCGAGUACUCCUUCCUCAAGGACCUCGGCCUGUCCAAAAAGAAUUUGGGAGUGUACGACGGACAGUGGAAAGGCAGCGGACAGGUGCUGACAUCCUACUGCCCAGCCAAUGCUCGGCCCAUAGCUGAGGUGGUGCAAGCCACACCGGCCGACUACGAGGCUGCGGUGGCUGCGAGCUGUGCAGCCUGGCAGCAGUGGGCAGACCUUCCGGCCCCCAAGCGGGGUGACAUUGUGCGCCAGAUGGGCGACGCGCUGCGCCGCUACAAGGAGCCACUGGGCAAGCUGGUCUCCCUCGAGAUGGGCAAGAUUCUACCUGAAGGCCUGGGCGAGGUUCAGGAGUACAUAGAUGUGUGCGACUAUGCUGUGGGCCUGUCACGUACCAUUGAGGGCAAGUGGCUUCCCAGUGAGCGGCCGGGUCAUGCCCUUCUCGAAGCGUGGAACCCACUGGGCGUCGUGGGUGUCAUCACAGCCUUCAACUUCCCCGUGGCCGUCUAUGGCUGGAACAGUGCCAUUGCCCUGGUGUGUGGGGACACACUCCUCUGGAAGACUGCCAGCACAACUCCACUGUGUGGUGUGGCCGUCACAAAGAUAAUUUCCAAAGUCCUUGAGGCCAACCAGCUUCCUGGCGCAGUGUGUGCCCUGACUGUCGGUGGGCCUCCCAUUGGGGAUGCCAUGGCUGGGGACGAUCGUGUGCGGCUGCUGUCUUUCACAGGCAGCACCCAGGUGGGACGUCGGGUGGCGCUGAAAGUGCAGGAGCGCUUUGGGCGGCCUCUGCUGGAGCUGGGUGGCAACAAUGCCAUUGUGGUGGAUGAGGACGCUGACUUGGACAUGUUGGUGCGGGCGGCUCUGUUUGCCUGCGUGGGCACGGCUGGCCAGCGCUGUACCACCACACGCCGCAUCAUUGCUCACCACAAGGUUUACGACGAGGUACUGUCGAGGCUCAAGAAUGCCUACAGCCAGGUUCGUCUUGGUGACCCUCUGCACCCAUCAACCCUAUGUGGGCCCCUGCAUACGGAGCGUGCAGUCGAGGAGUUCCUCGAAGCUGUGGCUGAAGCGGUCAAGUCCGGUGGUUGCGUCCAGUGCGGUGGAAAGCGCUUGGCGGGUGACGGCUACUUUGUGGAGCCCACCAUAGUGACUGGCUUGGCGCACGAUGCACCUGUGGUGCAUCGGGAGACCUUUGCCCCCAUCGUGUACCUGCUCAAAUGCGACAGCCUGGAGCAAGCCAUCGCCUGGAACAACGAGGUGGAGCAGGGCCUCUCCAGCAGCCUCUUUACGGGCAGCCUGGGCAACGUCUUCAAGUGGCUGGGACCAAAGGGCUCAGACUGCGGUAUUGUGAACGUGAACAUUCCAACAAGCGGAGCAGAGAUUGGUGGUGCCUUUGGUGGUGAAAAGCACACAGGUGGUGGUCGGGAGUCUGGCAGCGAUUCGUGGAAGCAGUACAUGCGACGCUCCACUUGCACCAUCAACUACAGCAAGCAGUUGCCCUUGGCUCAGGGCAUCACAUUCCAGUGAUGUAAGGCGGCUGCUGCUGCUGCACCUGUUACAUUCCACAAGUGCCUCAUAUUUUUGUAAUGCCAUUUCAACAGUCUUCCACAGUUCAAUAAACUUUGCAGAUGAAGCAAA